AUGACGGCUCGGCUCAUGGAACCUCAUCGGCUCAGCUUGUUCGUUCCCAUCCCAAUUCCCAAUCCUGGGGCGGCGCGGCCAGCCCAUGGGCACGCUCCCCGGCGGCGUGGCCAGCACAAGGGCAGAGCUCCUCGGCGGCGCGGACAGCACAGGGGCGCUCUCCCUCGUGGUGCGGCCAGCUCAGGGGCGCUCUCCCGCAGAUGCCGGCGUCGCCCGUACUCGCGGCCAGCGCUGCAAGCGACCUCGCCAUCCGUCGUUGCCCGCCCGUACACGGCUGAGUCCUUCGUUCCUAGAGCGUGCUUGCCUUCCGCCUGCGACCUGACCGGCGCCUUCUGCGUGCGCAGAUCCGUCGUCGCCGUCGCCUUCGCCUAUUCCGGCGCUCUCUUGUCGCCUGAGCCUCUACCGGCUGAGGAUAUGGGUGUUCAGCAGAGCAUUCAGGAUGUUCCCGUCGUUCUUGGCCGGGGAACCAUUGUCCAAGUCCUGAAGGCUCCUGAGGUCAUGUCUACCUGA